UAUGUGGAACAGCAUGCUCCAGCAGCUGUAAGUGGCCAUUGUCAGUUAGCAUACCCAGGAAGGAGCUUCAUACGGAGGAGGAGGCAGGGACCUGGGGGAUGUCACCACUGCUGCUAUACCUGGGGCUGUUGCUCUGUGUCUCGGGGCUCCAAGCUGGAGAUGAAGAAGAACAGAUGUGUUUUCUGGAGGGUGAGAACCUGACCCUGACUUGUCCUUACAACAUCAUGCUUUACUCAUCGAGCCUGAAGGCCUGGCAGCGGCUCAGAAGCCAGAGGUCUCCAGAGACCCUGGUGCUUACAAACACCAGAAAUCCAGACUUCAAUGUGGCCCGGGCUGGGAGGUACUUGCUGGAGGAUUAUCCCACCGAAUCUGUCAUCAAGGUCACCGUGACUGGGCUGCAGAGGCAAGAUGUGGGGCUGUACCAGUGUGUGGUCUACCUCUCUCCUGACAACGUUAUCAUCCUGUAUCGACGGGUUCGGCUGACAUGGUGUCAAGAGCAGCCAGUGAUGGUGAUCAUUCUGGUUCUGACAUGUGGCAUCAUACUGAACAAGGGCCUGGUCUUCUCACUCCUGUUUGUCCUUCUCUGCAAAGCUAGGCCUAAGGUGUUACAGCCUUCCAAGACAUCCAAAGUGCAGGAAGACUCUAAGAAACAGUAGCCUUCCUGCUACAAGCUGUGAGCCCACCUUUUCUAUUAACAGCAUACCAGAUGUUCUGUAUUGGGAACAAUCUGAGCCUUCCUACAUUCUCUUUGUGAACUCUAAUUAUCACUUUACUCUCAGAGAACAGCUCUGAGGAGAGCUGUAUAGCAGGAGCCUCAUGAGAUAUCUAUCAGUGAAGAAUGUGAAACUGAGAUAGAUUUGGACCUUUGAUGGAGCAGUCAAGCAGGAUCCAUAGAGAAUUCACCUCAAAAUCCUAUCUCAAUUUCUCUUCUACUAACCAGGCCUGCCAUGCUGUGGACUGGUAAAACCUAUAUGAUGUAACUUAUCUCUCUUCUGAUAAUAAAAAUAAAUGUAUUUUUUUUUCAUGCA